CUUCCUGGAGGACAGUUAAUACCGUUUUGCCAUUAAUCAUGAGUAGACGACAAGCAUGAGUGACCAGACACAGAUCAAAUGAUGUCUCAAGAAUCAGUUGAUAUCCGACGUCUGCAUCACAGGGUGCUGAUAGCUGCAUUGAUCGUCCUUUCCCAAGACCUGAGCAGCAGAGGAGGAGCACAGGCAUGGACUUACAACUACAGCAUCACCCCGAACCGGAAGUGGCCGAUGGCCCGCCAGUGGUGUCAGGAGCACUUCAUAGACAUGGUGACCAUCCAGAGCCAGGAGGAAACUGACUUCAUCAACAAACUGCUGCCAUCCAACUCAAAAUAUUACUGGAUAGGCAUCCACAAAGUGGAUGGAGCAUGGACGAGGGUGGGGACAGAUGAGCUUGUGCCAGAAGACGCCCAGAACUGGGCAACAGAGGAGCCGGAUAGCAUAGCGGGUCAGGACUGUGUGGAGAUCUAUAUCAAGAGGAAUGAGGACAUGGGCAUGUGGAACAAUGAGAAGUGCACAACCAAGAAGGGAACUGUCUGCUACUCAGCCUCUUGUACACAGGAUUCCUGCAGUGCACAUGCAGAAUGUGUAGAGACCGUAGGGAACUAUACCUGCCAGUGUCAUCCAGGUUUCCAUGGCCCACGCUGUGAAGAGGCAAUCGCAUGCAAACCCCUGCUGGAUCCAGAACACGGUUCUCACCACUGUUUCCAUCUCUACGGGUCCAAUCGUUUCAACUCUUCCUGUCGUUUCCACUGUGAACUUGGCUUUCGCUUGGUAGGCGUGCCCCAACUCUUAUGCCAAACCAGUGGACAUUGGAGCCACGUUGUGCCUCAGUGUCAAGUUGAACAGUGUCCAGUUCUGAACCACACCAACAGCAGUGGAGGUAGAGUGAACUGCAGCCACCCCAUCGCACCUUACAGCUACAACUCCACCUGUGAAGUCAGGUGUGACGAAGGAUAUGAGCUCAGUGGAAACGAACACAUACGCUGUGACCACACAGGCCAGUGGACAGCCAGUGUCCCAGCAUGCACAGGUAAAAUUAUUGUUUUUACCUUCAAGUGAUACAUUUGAACAAAAUAAUGUUUAAACAUAUAAUAUGUAACUCUGGCCACGAAGAGUUCUUCAAUCAAAACAAAAGAACA